UGGCGCUAGGGAAUCAGAGCUGUAGCCGAAGGGACGCUGUCUCUAUAGUACUGGGGCAGUAAGGAUCGCGCAGCGGCGGGAAAAUACCUGGAAGUCCCUCCCUGCAACAACUUCACCGGUGCGGCACGUUUUUUGGCCGGAAACCGAAAGAAGAAAUCGGAAGUGACGUCGCGGUCAAAACAAGCCGGGGCGUGGGGCCCUGCACUGUAUCUGGCCGCAGAUGGAAAGGCCCGACUCGCUGUGGGCUGUCGAAGGCGGUCGCCAGGCCUUGCGCUCCCACACGGUCGGCCUCCGGCCCCUAUCCCCGGGACCAGCCCGCCGCGGUUGAGCCAGAGUUUCCGCCCUCCCUACCGGAGCCGCGCUGGGAUUUUUCGGGCAGAGUUGGCGGGAGGAGAGAGAGCGGACUUCCCUCCCUGCAACAGUCUCCCCUCCAGCGGGUUCCUGUCCUGGGACGCCGGGACACCUGUGGCCUACGUUUUAAUACCCAAAUUUGAAGAAUACUCUGUAUGCCAUUCUUAUAAAACCAAGGGGAAAUCAUGAAGAAAUGUUUUAAUUAUUGAAACUACAGUUGAAAUCAUGGCUACAUCAGCAAAUCUGGAUAUUGGAGCCCAGCUGAUAGUAGAAGAGUGCCCCAGCAGUUACAGUCUAACUGGCAUGCCAGACAUUAAAAUAGAACAUCAGCUGGACUCAAAUGCAGAAGAAGGAUCAGCUCAGGGUGUUGCCAUGGGGAUGAAAUUCAUACUGCCUAACAGAUUUGAUAUGAAUGUCUGUUCUCGGUUUGUGAAGUCCUUAAAUGAAGAAGAUAGUAAAAAUAUUCAAGAUCAAGUUAACUCUGACCUGGAGGUGGCAUCUGUCCUAUUUAAAGCUGAAUGCAGUAUCCAUACAUCUCCUUCUCCGGGAAUUCAAGUAAGGCAUGUCUACACUCCCUCUACAACAAAGCACUUCUCACCCAUAAAACAGUCAACUACUUUAACCAACAAACACAGAGGAAAUGAGGUCUCAACCACACCUCUGUUAGCAAAUUCUUUGUCUGUUCACCAGUUGGCUGCUCAGGGAGAGAUGCUCUACCUGGCUACUCGUAUUGAACAAGAAAAUGUUAUCAAUCACACGGACGAAGAAGGAUUUACUCCUCUGAUGUGGGCUGCAGCACACGGGCAAAUAGCUGUGGUAGAGUUUCUACUUCAGAAUGGUGCUGAUCCCCAGCUUUUAGGAAAAGGUCGAGAAAGUGCACUGUCAUUAGCCUGUAGUAAGGGCUACACGGAUAUUGUCAAAAUGCUGCUGGAUUGUGGAGUUGAUGUAAAUGAGUAUGACUGGAAUGGAGGGACGCCUUUGCUUUACGCUGUACAUGGAAAUCAUGUGAAAUGUGUAAAAAUGCUCUUAGAAAAUGGAGCUGACCCAACAAUUGAAACCGACUCUGGAUACAAUUCUAUGGAUCUAGCUGUAGCCUUGGGCUAUAGAAGUGUUCAACAGGUUAUUGAGUCACAUUUACUGAAACUGCUUCAGAACAUCAAGGAGUAGACAUAGUCAUCAGAAAGUGUUGUCUGCCCUUCCAUUUACUUUUGGCCCUUAUAAAUGAUAGUUUUGUUUACUUAUAAAUUUUUACCUCAGUUGCAAUAUUUACUGAUUUUUAGUAAGUUUUAAUAAAUAUUCCUCUGAGUAAUUCACUGGUUUAUAAUAAAAUUAACGUUGAUGCUUUUUUGUAAAUGUGUUUUACUGCAUAUUUAAAAUUAUAAAUGAGUGUUUUGUGGCAUGUAAAUUUUUAUGGUACAGAUAGUUAUCUGUGUUUGUAUCAAGUGCUGUAAUUUAACAUUUUCGGAAAUUAUUCUGCCCUAUUCAUCUUCACUCUUGUAUUAACUCAUUGACUUUAUAUAGAGUUUGCUAUAAAUCCAUAGGAAAAAAGUUUGUUAUUAUUAAAUUUAAAAAUGCACAGUGUGGUUGUUUACAAAAUGAUAUUAUAAAUGAAUAAAGUACUUUUCUUCUGUUA